AUGGGAAGAGCAUUUGUGUAUGUAAUAGUGGGCGGCGGAGUGGCUGCCGGUUAUGCAGCUCAUGAGUUUGUUAAGAGAGGUGUCUCUCAUGGUGAACUCUGUAUCGUUUCUGAAGAACCUGUUGCACCCUACGAAAGGCCUGCAUUAAGCAAAGGUUAUUUACUUCCAGAAGCUGCUGCACGCCUCCCUUCAUUUCACUGUUGUGUAGGUGCUAACGAGGAAAAAUUAUCUCCAAAAUGGUAUAAGGAACAUGGUGUUGAAUUGAUUCUUGGAACUCGAGUUAAAUCUGCUGAUGUGAAGCGGAAGACACUACUAACUGCGACAGGAGAAACCAUAAGCUACAAAUUUCUCAUUGUUGCAACAGGUGCUCGGGCUUUGAAGCUCGAAGAAUUCGGAGUGAAUGGAUUAGAUGCAGAUAAUGUGUGUUAUUUACGAGAUUUGGCAGAUGCAGACAGACUUGUAGAUGUGAUGAAAUCCUGUAGUGGUGGAAAUGCAGUUGUCAUUGGCGGUGGAUAUAUAGGAAUGGAAUGCGCUGCAUCUUUGGUGAUAAACAAAUUAAACGUAUCAAUGGUUUUCCCUGAGGCACAUUGCAUGGCCCGUUUAUUUACUCCCAAGAUUUCUAGUUACUAUGAAGACUUCUACAAGUCAAAAGGAGUGAAGUUUAUCAAAGGGACGAUGUUGUCAUCAUUUGAUUUCAAUUCUGAUGGGAAGGUUACUGCUGUUAAUCUUAGAGAUAGUAAUAAGCUUCCAGCUGAUAUGGUAGUAGUCGGGAUUGGCAUCCGUCCAAACACAAGUCUCUUUGAAGGCCAACUAACCAUGGAUAAAGGAGGAAUCAAAGUGAAUGGGAAAAUGCAAUCGAGCAACAGCUCGGUGUAUGCAGUUGGGGAUGCUGUUGCUUUUCCAGUCAAAACUUUUGGAGAAACUAGGAGGCUCGAGCAUGUGGACUCAGCACGAAAGUCUGCAAGGCAUGCUGUUGCUGCCAUUAUGGAACCGGAUAAGACAAGUGAGUUCAACUACCUGCCGUUCUUCUACUCCAGAGUCUUCACAUUGUCUUGGCAGUUCUAUGGGGACAAUGUCGGGAAUGUUGUGCAUUUCGGGGAUUUCUCGGAGAAUUCUUUUGGGGCAUACUGGAUAAAUAAGGGUCAUCUUGUUGGGUCUUUCCUCGAGGGUGGAACUAAAGAACAAUACGAGGCCAUUGCUCAAGCCACAAGCCUCAAGCCAGCUAUCCAAGACUCGGCUAGACUUGAGAGACAGGGUUUGGGAUUUGCCUUGACAUUUCUCAAGCCACAAGACUCAAACCAGCAAUCCAAGACUCGGCUGAACUUGAGAGACAGGGUUUGGGAUUUGCCUUGA